AUGGGGCCAGCAGCCUUGAUCUUGGCGAGGGUGUCUCUUGAAAGCUUGCUUUUAGCACUUGAUUUUGUUCAGUUGGGAAGUUUGGCGCCCAUGCGGAGUUCUAGCUGGGUCGACGUGUCUGUUUCUCUGUCAGGCUUUGGUGCUGCUGGCUCCGCCUUGGUUGUGCGAAACCUCGCGUGCAUGGACGCUCCUACGGCUGCAGUAGGUAUUUGCAGGUUGGGAGUCUUUUUGGUUCUCCUGGAUGUUGGAAUCUGUGGCAGCGUUUCAUCUUUGAGGGCAUUGGCGCAAGCGGAACCAAUUCUGCUAGUUGGCGGCCUCGCAAGGUUUGGAUUUCAGUUUCUCGUGCUGGAUCACUUGCAUCUAGGCAGCGCCCUGCUUCUGCAGAGUCUUUCUCAGCUCGACUCAAUGGUAUCCAUUGCGGGGUUGUCUUACUCGGGUACUCUGCUGGCACCCUUAGAUGUGGCCAGUGCAGAGCCGUUUCCAUCCAUACAAAGUUCCGCAUACUCAGCGUUUGCAGUCUCAGUUCUGGAUUUUGUGAGCUUUGACGCCCUGCCUUUGUCGAAGCGCUUCUCGCAGAUGGAAUUGCCCCUCACAGCUUUUGGGGCGGCUAAUUUCGAUGUGCUGCCACCACUACCAGACCCAGUUCUCCUGGGCAGCCCUUUGCCCCUGCGAUGCGGAGCCCGACCUGGCCUGCCUGUGCCAGUCUUUGCCUUUGCGGCCUUUGAAGCGCCUUUGUUGGUGCAGAACCUUGCUCGCGCUGAGUUGGUGCUGCUUGCGGCUGGGCUUUCAAGACUGGAUGCAGCAUUGCCCUUCCCAGACCAUGCAAUGCCUGGCUCUGCAAUGCUGCUCCGCUCUUUUGCACGUCCAGGUGCUUUGCUGUUGCAAGUUGACUUCAUGCAGGCAGAGCCAUUUGUGUUGCUCAGAAGCUUGCUGUGGCCCGGGUCUUCGUUGCUAGCUGGGAGCCACGCGCAUUUUGGCUUGCCUUUGCCCAUGUUAGACCAUUUGCAGCCGGACAGCACGCCACCUCUGAAAUCCUUUGCGUGA